ACUUUAUGUAUGUUGCCUAUUUUGUAGCAGUCACAACCUCCCUUAUUUGCUCAUACUUUGUGAUGCUAUAUGGACUCAAGUAUGGCUACAACGAAAGUGUAGCAUGGUUCAUUUCUUUCUGCACGUCAUUCUUCCAGAGUGCACUUGUUACAGAACCAAUCAAGGUUUUAGCUGUAGCGUUCCUGCUCACUAUGAUAUUCAGACAAAGCAUGAUGUAUGACAGUGGAAAGCAACACCAAACAACAGAUGAACAGGAGGAGCUCCACAUGCAGGAUGAUUAUAUGGAAUCAUCUGCACACUAUAUAGCACCUAUGUCACAUCGCUUCCUUAAAAACAUUCGUACUCGAAUCAUCAUGGACCAGCGCUCUUGGGAGAUCCUGGUGGAAAUCCUGCUGUAUUUCACAUUUGUUGCCAUAGUGUUCCUGGUAGUUUUGGGCCAUAGUGAUGUGAAAGAGUCCUACAGUGUUACCAAAAGCAUUGAGAAUACCUACAUCCGUACAUUUGAAAACAACCGAACUGCAUAUUUUUAUGAAGUAACUGAUUCACACACUAUGUGGGGAUAUUUGAAUGAUACGUUUUUGGGAAAUGUCAAUCUUGGGUCAUCUCCAUUGUCAAAUACAGUAUCAUUUCUUGUGGGAAGAUCAAGAUUGAGACAAAUAAGGAUACGCAAAGAACCUUGUAUCUCCUUUUUGGAUUGGAAGUCGAGAUUAAAUUCAGCAGAAGAGUGUUUUCCACCCUAUAGUUAUGGUGCUGAAGAAUCUCGUUCUUACACUGAAAACUGGGAAACUGAAACAACUGACAAAGAGAUAACAAAGUGGACAUAUCAGUCUGGAUCUAGCUUAGACACCCUUCCAAUCAUGGGAAGACUCGACACCUAUCCUGGUGGGGGGUAUAUUCUUCAGUUACCCAGAAAUCCCUUCAAGGCACGAGAUCUUAUAGAAAAAGUUAAACACACAAAGUGGAUUGAUCAACAGACGCGGGUGGUGUUUGUGGAAUUCACUCUCUUCAACCCAAAUGUCCAGCUGUUCACUGUAGUGGUGCUGAUGUUUGAAUACUCCAACACUGGUUUCGUCUUUCCCUACCAUCUGAUUUACACGGCUAACUUCUAUCACUACCAGAAUGAAUUUGAGACCUUUGUUGCCGUUGUUGAGAUCCUCUUUGUUAUAUAUCUGUUUAUUUUUACUUAUGCUGAAGUAAAAAAAUUCCUUAAAAUGAGAUGCCUUGACUACUUCAACGAGCCAUGGACUUUUGUGGAACUAACCAUUUUGUGUUUAACAUACUCCAUUAUUGCUCUGUUUGUUAAUCGGCUUCUUGUGUGUAAUAAUCUGAUGGAAACUUUUUCAGACUCUUUUGAGAAGUUUGCUAAUUUUCACACUGCUGCAUUUUAUGAUUCCUUACUGAGAUACGUUAUGGCAACUUUAAUCUUAUUAGUAAUUCUCAAGUUCUUCAAACUGCUUCGUUUCAAUGUAAGAUUGUCCAUGCUUGCACAAACACUUCAUUCCGCAAGAGGAAGUCUGAUCGCAUAUUCGUUUGUUCUGUUUGGAUUUGCCAUGGCAUUUGCUAUAUUUGCUGUUCUCGUGUUUGGCACUACGCUUGAAGGGUACAGAAAUUUUCCAAGGACAGUUAUAACUAUGUUCCUUUUUAUAAUGGGCAAGCCCGAUUACUAUGGUCUUUAUGAAGGCAAUGCUUUUUUUGGUCCAUUGUUUUUCUUUCUCUUUAUAUUGACAUUUCAGUUUCUGUUGUUGCAGUAUUUCAUUACUCUUCUCAUGGAUUCAUUUCAUACUAUCAGGAUUCAGAUUGCCUCAGUAAAACCUGAGGUUCACGUGGUUCAGUACGUUCUCAGGAAACUUCGUUUGAUAACGAUGCUUGAUUCACAAAAAAGGCACGAAAAAACGUAAAAUUGUUGAAGAUUUCUAAAACCUGGUUGUUAACUGUGUCAGCCAUAUUUCGUCUUGAUCUGUAACGUUUUAAAAAUAACAGCAGGACAUAGUUUACUUCCUGUUUUGAGCCUUGGUGUCUGUUACCUUGUAAUAAACACUGAACAACUGUGUGUAGACAUCUUCACACACACAACAAAGACUUAAACAGUGAACAUCGUAAUGCUUUCUAUGCUUCAUUAAGACAACCGUGUAUAAAUAGAGAUAUACUGUUAACAACAUUCAUAAAGACAUAUUAAGAGGACAUGAAAAUUUGUCAUCGACAUGCUAUACAUGUUAACAAUGUCAUUACAUAUAACAAUGGCUUUGGGAAAAUAGCCAUUUAAACUUUAUAUUGUGUGUUUGUUCAUGCAUGUGUUUAAUUAAAUGCUUUCUGAUGAUAAUGUUGCUUCCUUGCUUUGUUUUAGGACGUUGUAUCUCCUUUUUGGAUUUGAAGUCAAUACUAAAUUCAUUAGAAGAGUGUUUUCCACCCUAUAGUCAUGGUGCAGAAGAAUGUCAUUCUUACACAACAAAUUGGGAAAAUGAAACGACUAAAGAAGAGAUAACAAUGUUGACAUAUCAGUCUGGAUCUAAAUUAGACACCCUUCCAAUUAUGUGAAGACUCGACACCUAUCCUGGUGGGGGAUAUAUUAUUCACUUUCCAAUUAUGUGAAGACUCGACACCUAUCCUGGUGGGGGAUAUAUUAUUCACUUUCCAAUUAUGUGAAGACUCGACACCUAUCCUGGAGGGGGAUAUAUUAUUCAGUUUCAAAUUAUGUGAAGACUCGACACCUAUCCUGGUGGGGGAUAUAUUAUUCAGUUUCAAAUUAUGUGAACACUCGACACCUAUCCUGGUGGGGGAUAUAUUAUUCAGUUUCCAACAAAUCCAUAUAUGGCACGAGAUCUUGUAGAAAGUGGAUUGAUGAACAGACACGGGUGGUGUUUGUGGAAUUCACUCUCUUCAACCCAAAUGUCCUGCUGUUUAUUUUAGUGGUGGUGCUGAUGUUUGAAUACUCCAACACUGGUUUCAUGUUUCCCUACCAUCUGAUAUACACGGCUAACUUCUAUCACUACCAGAAUGAAUUUGAGACAUUCGUUGCUAUUGUCGACAUUCUCUUUGUUAUAUAUCGGUUUAUUUUUACUUAUGCUAAAUUAAAACAAUUUCUUAAAAUGAGAUGCCUAGACUACGUCAAUAAGCCAUGAAAUUUCACUGAGCUAACCACUUUGUGUUUAGCAUACUCCACUAUUGCUCUGUUUGUUAAUUGGCUUCUUGUGUCAGACUGAUUUCGAAAGGUUUACUCAUUUUCACACAGCUGUAUUUUAUGAUUCCUUACUGAGAUAUGUUAUGUCAACUUUAAUCCUGUUAAUAAUUCUUAAGUUCUUCAAACUGCUUCGUUUCAAUGUCCGAUUGUCUGUGCUUGCACAAACACUUCAUUCCGCAAGAGGAAAUCUGAUCGCAUAUUCGUUUUCUCUGUUUGGAUUUACCAUGGCAUUUGCUAUAUUUGCUGUUCUUGUUUCUGGCACUAUGCUUGAAGGAUACAGAAAUAUUCCAAGGACAGUUAUAACCAUGUUCCUUUUUAUGAUGGGCAAGUCCGAUUACUAUGGUCUUUAUGAAGGCAAUGCUUUUUUUGGUCCAUUGUUUUUCUUUCUCUUUAUAUUGACAUUUCAGUUUCUGUUGUUGCAGUAUUUCAUUACUCUUCUCAUGGAUUCAUUUCAUACUAUCAGGAUUCAGAUUGCCUCAGUAAAACCUGAGGUUCACGUGGUUCAGUACGUUCUCAGGAAACUUCGUUUGAUAACGAUGCUUGAUUCACAAAAAAGGCACGAAAAAACGUAAAAUUGUUGAAGAUUUCUAAAACCUGGUUGUUAACUGUGUCAGCCAUAUUUCGUCUUGAUCUGUAACGUUUUAAAAAUAACAGCAGGACAUAGUUUACUUCCUGUUUUGAGCCUUGGUGUCUGUUACCUUGUAAUAAACACUGAACAACUGUGUGUAGACAUCUUCACACACACAACAAAGACUUAAACAGUGAACAUCGUAAUGCUUUCUAUGCUUCAUUAAGACAACCGUGUAUAAAUAGAGAUAUACUGUUAACAACAUUCAUAAAGACAUAUUAAGAGGACAUGAAAAUUUGUCAUCGACAUGCUAUACAUGUUAACAAUGUCAUUACAUAUAACAAUGGCUUU